CUUAUUUACAAUGACAACCAAAAAUGUUGACUUACUGUAGACAAAAAAUGUUUGACUGCAAUUUGUUUGAAAUGUGCUCCAAUUUCUCCAUUAAGAAAAUGAACUCUACAGCCAGCCUGUUGGACAUGAACUUCACAUCCCAGAUGUCAGUUGGAGGUGGUGGCUAUCCUAAAGACAGCUUUAGCACCGCCUUGACCAAGAACAUUGUGGCCAUGCUGGUGUGGCUGGCCCUAAGUUUUAUCAACGGAAGUAUGGUCUACACCUUCCUCAAGCAUAACUUUUUCUAUGAGGACCCGCGCUACAUCAUGUUCAUCUAUAUGGUCAUAAAUGACGCCCUGCAGCUCACCCUGGUCACGGCACUAUACGUAGUCAGCUACAUUUUCUUCAAGAUCCAUGCUUCCGUGUGCUGCCUGCUGGUGAUGACUGCCGUUUUGACCACACGCUCCACCCCUCUCAUAUUAGCCGGUAUGGCCGUGGAGCGCUACCUGUCUAUCUGUUUCCCCUUACACUACGGGCACACAUGCACAGUGUCACGCACCAUUGCCCUCAUCGUGGUCAUCCUGUUCUUAACGGUGGCCGUGCCUCUCACUGACCUCCUGGUCACACUCAUCAAGGAGCCCCUGGGCUUCUUUCGCACCUCCAUCUUCUGCGAUCACUCCUUCAUCUUCCGGGACCGCUCCAUCUACUACAAGAAUGCUGUGUUUGACAGCAUCUAUUUUUCCUUUGUGACGCUCACGCUGCUCUACACUUAUUGUAAGAUCAUGCUAACGGCACAUGCUGCCUCCACGGACCUAGUGUCCAUAAAAAGGGCAAGGAAUACAGUGCUACUCCACGGGGUGCAGCUGCUGCUAUGCAUGCUGGCUUUUGUAGUCCCCUCUCUGCAAGCAGCCCUCAUCGCUCUCUUCCCACAGUUUGUCCUGGAGAUCCGUUACAUCUUUUUCCUGCUGGUCUACAUCAUCCCACGAUUCCUCAGCCCCAUGAUCUACGGUUUCAGGGACGAGAAGUUCCGCAAAUACUGGGCAAGGUACCUAGGAACAAUAUUUCUAGAUUGUGGCCAGCUAUGAAAGUGAAUCUCAAGUUCAGGUGAUAGGAA